AGAAGAUUGGUUGCGUGGAGUGAAACGUCAGCCACGUACAUUCGCCUGUCAACGUAACCUUUCUCAUUUCUCAUUUAUUGUGUAUUAAAAUAAGCUCGAUAACAGGUAAAAUGUCUGCGAAACUAUUGUCGCUCGUGCUGAUCAUCGCCGCGGCGGUGACGGCUGAUGAGGAGACGGCGGCGGCGCGCCUGCUGGUGUCGAAGCAAGUGUUGAACAAGUACCUGGUUGAGGACAUGGAUAUCCUGAUCAAGUACACGUUGUACAACGUCGGAACGGCGCCGGCGGUGGACGUGAAGCUGGUGGACAACGGAUUCCACCCGGAGGUGUUCACGGUGGUGGGCGGGCAGCUGUCGGCACAGAUCGACCGCAUCGCGCCGCAGACGAAUGUAUCGCAUGUCGUGACUGUGCGCUCCAACCGUUACGGAUACUUCAACUUCACGUCGGCUGAGAUCACCUACAAGCCCACUGAAGACGCUACUGAGCUCCAAUACGCCAUCAGCAGCUCCCCCGGCGAAGGCGCUAUCGUCGCCCACAAGGACUACAACCGCAAGUUCUCCUCGCACAUCCUGGACUGGGCCGCCUUCGCGGUCAUGACCCUGCCCUCCCUCGCCAUCCCCUUCGGGCUCUGGUGGUCCUCCAAGACCAAGUACGAGAAACUCAGUAAACCUAAGAAGAAUCAUUAGAUAGGUUUCAAUUGACCGGAGGAUGAAAAUUCCCAGGGAAAUAUUCCGUUACAAGAAAGACGGCGAAUUUAAAAUUUAGGGCCAGUUGCAUCAACCACAGUUAACAGACAUAUGAAUAUCACGCAACAGAAGUCCAUGGAAAUUCCCAUUACGAAGGCUAAAUUGGGUAAUUGACUGCUUGUUGCAACCAACCCUAAGGGCCACAUUUGACAGACACAUCAUCGUCACGCAGUAGACGUCUAUGGAACUUCCCAUACAAUAAAAUUUUACGAACGCUUUAAUGGUGACAAACGGUUUGAUGCAACUGGCCCUAAGAGUGAUAUUAUCUUCUCGCUUUUUUAUGACGAAAAGAGUAUUGGAAAUUUUCAUCUUUAGGUAUAUGCCCAAAAAGACAAGCCUUAAGAAAUCAUUUAAAUAAAUAUCAAAGCUUGCACUUGGUGUAGCAUUUUGAGUUUAUUUACUUGUUUUGAAGGCUAUGGGUAAAUUUCUAGCUGUAUGGAUAAUGGAUUCAAGUAGACGUUUACAUAAUAAAGCUACUCAUGAAAUAGUAAAGAAAGUUAUGUCAAAACCAGUAAGUAAGUAGGUUCAGCAAUGUGCAUAUUACUUUAUCAAUUCAAGUAAAUUUUGUUACUAUUGACAUGUAUCUCUUGAGACUGCUAUCUGUUUAGUUAGAAAGCAUUUAAAUUAGAGUAAGGCAGUCAUUAUUGUGGUCAUUGCUAAUGUUGUGUAUGAAUUAGUUAGACAUCAUGUCUUGUCAUAGAAAUAAAGUUUAUCUAGUCUUUGGUCAAUUAGGUUGUGCUUAUGUUGUUACCAAUAUGUUUAAUAACUCUCAUUUGUAAAUUAAUUACUAAAUUACCUCAAAGAUACUUUCCUUAUGGAUUUAAAGUAAAUUAAUUUGUAUGCAUCAUUAGCGGUGAUUAUUCUCAUCACUUCACUUGUUCAUCCGCCAUUUUUACAUUGUUAUUAAUUUAUAAAGUAUGAACAAUAAAAUAUAAUUUUACUGUCUUAAA